AGAGUUCUCCUUCUCCCAAAUAUCCCUAGCACCAUCCUAAACCCUGUUUACCCCAGAAACCUGAACUGUGGACAGACAGAAGAGGAGAGAGAGAGAGAAAAUUCAGACACAAUAAAACUCUGAGGGGAAAAAUAUGUGGAAGGAGGAGGCAGCAGCGGCCUGGGGAAGGGAUUGAAAAGUUUCCCCUGGCUUAACUUCUCCCCCCCUGCAGCAGCAGAAGCAGCGCCAGCAGCACAAGCUGAGCAGGUGAGCAGGUCAUGGCACGCCUAACGAAGAGACGACAGGCAGACACAAAGGCAAUCCAGCACCUUUGGGCAGCUAUAGAAAUAAUCCGGAACCAGAAGCAAAUUGCAAACAUUGACCGCAUUACAAAGUACAUGUCUCGAGUCCAUGGUAUGCAUCCAAAAGAAACCACACGUCAGCUGAGUUUAGCAGUCAAGGAUGGUCUCAUUGUGGAAACCCUGACCGUGGGGUGUAAAGGGUCAAAAGCUGGUAUUGAGCAAGAAGGAUAUUGGUUGCCAGGAGAUGAGAUUGCCUACGGUAUGCAGCCUUUUUCCCAGACAGCAGCAAAAAACAAGGACUGGGAAACAGAAAAUCAUGACUGGUAUUGUUUUGAAUGCCAUUUGCCUGGAGAGGUGUUGAUAUGUGACCUGUGUUUUCGUGUGUAUCAUUCCAAGUGUUUGUCUGAUGAGUUCAGGCUUAGAGACAGCAGUAGUCACUGGCAGUGCCCAGUUUGCAGGAGUAUCAAGAAGAAAAACACAAGUAAGCAAGAGAUGAGCACAUACCUGCGGUUCAUCGUGUCCCGGAUGAAGGAGCGGGCUAUAGAUCUAAACAAGAAAGGGAAGGACAACAAACACCCAAUGUAUCGAAGGCUGGUGCACUCAGCUGUUGAUGUUCCUACUAUACAGGAGAAAGUAAAUGAAGGAAAGUACAGGAGUUAUGAGGAGUUCAAAGCAGAUGCUCAACUGCUUCUACACAACACAGUGAUUUUCUAUGGAGCGGACAGUGAACAAGCUGAUAUAGCAAGGAUGCUUUACAAAGACACCUGCCAUGAACUGGAUGAACUGCAGCUUUGCAAGAACUGUUUCUAUUUGUCAAAUGCACGACCUGACAAUUGGUUCUGCUAUCCUUGUAUACCUAAUCAUGAGUUGGUUUGGGCCAAAAUGAAAGGCUUUGGGUUUUGGCCAGCCAAAGUCAUGCAGAAAGAGGACAAUCAAGUUGAUGUUCGCUUUUUUGGCCAUCACCACCAAAGGGCCUGGAUCCCCUCUGAAAACAUUCAAGACAUCACAGUGAACAUCCACCGGCUGCACGUGAAGCGCAGCAUGGGCUGGAAGAAGGCCUGUGAUGAGCUGGAGCUGCACCAGCGCUUCCUCCGCGAGGGAAGAUUCUGGAAGUCAAAGAAUGAGGACAAAGGGGAAGAGGAGGCAGAGUCCAGCAUCUCUUCCACUAGCAAUGAGCAACUGAAGGUUACUCAGGAACCACGAGCAAAGAAAGGACGACGUAACCAGAGUAUGGAACUCAAGAAAGAAGAGCCAGAACCUGAAACUGAAGCAGUAAGUUCAAGCCAGGAAAUUCCCACAAUGCCUCAGCCCAUUGAAAAAGUUUCAGUCUCAACUCAGACCAAGAAGUUAAGUGCCUCUUCUCCAAAAGUGAUGCAUCGGAGCACCCAGACCAGUAAUGAUGGAGUGUGUCAGAACAUGUGCCAUGACAAAUACACCAAAAUCUUUAAUGAUUUCAAGGACAGGAUGAAAGCUGAUCACAAAAGAGAAACUGAGAGAGUCGUGCGAGAGGCAGUGGAAAAGCUGCGCACGGAGAUGGAGGAGGAGAAAAGGCAGGCUGUGAACAAAGCUGUGGCCAACGCACAAGGAGAGAUGGACAGAAAGUGUAAGCAGGUAAAGGAGAAGUGCAAAGAAGAGUUUCUAGAAGAAAUUAAGAAGCUAGCAGGUCAGCACAAGCAACUGAUUUCCCAGACCAAGAAGAAGCAGUGGUGCUACAACUGUGAAGAGGAGGCCAUGUACCACUGCUGCUGGAACACCUCCUACUGCUCCAUCAAGUGUCAGCAGGAGCACUGGCACGCCGAACACAAACGCACCUGCCGCAGGAAAAGAUGAAAGGGCUCCUCCUCCCCUAGAGCGCCACCCCAAUGAUUGCUAUUCUCAGACAGAGCGGUUUUUGUUUCCAAAAAAAAAAAACAAAAAAAAAGCCAAAAUUGUUUAGAAUUUGCUUCCCAUUUUGCACCAGCCUUUAAACACUUUUCUUAGAAGAAAUUUUGCACAGUUGUUUCAGUCUUCUGUUAAAAACGCUCCUCCAAAAUUUUGUUGGCAAAAUGAAUUGAACAUCUGUUGGAGCAGGUUACUUCAAAUAAUUUUAAACUAGAGGAUUUGUUGCAUUUUCAGCAAAUUUUAAGACAUUUUUAGGUUUUACAGAGAUUUUAAUCUUUAAAAACAGCAGAUCUAAAAACAAAAAAGUGAUGCAAGUUUAACAAAAGUUAAAAGUUUAACAUGUUUAAAAAACAUUUAAAAACUAGUUCUGAAUGUAAGAAGUACAGAACUGUUUCAGAAAAACGAAGCAUACUACCUUGAUGUAACGUUUAUUUCUUAACCUUGUUGAGCUGGUUUUGUUCAGCUUAAUUUUACUGUUUAAAGGCAUUAUCUAUUGGUUAUACCAGUGGGUACAUGAUUGAAUUUAGGGAACAGGGUUGACACAGCAGGUGCUAGUCCUGCAUAUUUUUUCUUAAAUAUUUCCCAACUGUGUUUUAUUUUCAUUAUUUCUUUUCAAUAUAUAACUUUUAUAACAAAAUAUUAGCUUUGAUCUUGUAGUUUAAAAUCACAGGGAACUGGGGUAAUCUUUUACUGAGCUGGAUCUUAGAGAAAAAUGAAUAUUUAAAUUUUGAAGUUUGCACAUUUCGUCUUUGUUCUAACAUGAGUGCUUAUAACAAGAAUAAGAAAAACCAAAAAAAAAAGAAAAAAACAAC